CGCGCAUACACUUCUUUUUCAUCGCUCUUUUGUAUGCCCGCUGUCACCGGCUGAUAUACAGGUUAGAAUACAUCUGCCGGUCAAGCGUCGACAGAAGUGCAUUGCAUGUCCUUAGGAUGAUUUUCCAUUAGUACAUCUAAUUUUAGGCAUUACGUUUAAAUAGGGGACGUGGGACGCGCCCUGUGUCUCUUUGCUUUGCAAUUGAAGACAGCUUUGGCUCUUGGCGAACGGUUUGCAAUCAUGUCAGACAAGCCCUUCGCGGCAGAGGCCGCUCAGUUUGGGCAGGCAAUGAAUGCCAUCGCUUAUGGCGAGGUGGUCAAGGCAGCUGUGCGUGACUACAAGCGGGAAGUCUUGGACACGCAGGCGCAGGACGGAAAGCAAUCCCAUCAACUUGUAGCCAUGGACGACUUGAUGGAAGAUGAGGAACUGCAGAAGCUCCAUGAGGAACGCAUCGCCCGCCUUAAGGCCGAACGGGAGAAGCGCAACCAGUUGACCCAGAAGGGACACGGUACAUAUACGGAGAUAACGGAGGGCGACUUCUUGGAAAUUGUUACGCAAACAGACCUGGUCGUGUGCCAUUUCUUCCAUCGAGAGUUUGAGCGCUGCAAGAUUAUGGACAAGCACUUACAGAUCCUCGCUUAUAAGUACUUUAACACGCGCUUUAUAAAGCUCGCGGCUCCGGACUCGCCGUUCUUCACGGUGAAGCUCAAUAUCAAGAUGCUGCCCUGCAUCAUUGGCUUCAAAAAUGGUGUAGCCGUGGGACGCGUGACAGGUUUUGAGGGUCUUGGUGGUCGGGACGAUUUUGCCACCGAGGCUUUGGAAGACCAGCUUACACUCAUGGGGGUGAUUGAGGCUCCGGAACGGGACAACGAAGAGGAGGACCGCAUGGAUGGGCCGGGUAAAAGUGUUCGCAAGAGCGUGCACUACGCGAAGACUGCUAGCGACGAGGAUAGUGACUUCGACUGAGUCACCCAGAGCCAGGCUAGGCGUUAUACAUGACGUGGCCCACGGGACACUAGGACGUGCGCAGGGUUGUUGCCUGUUUGGCUCUAUUGGGCAUCGCUUCCCGACUUACUAUUGGCUUUUCCUCUGGGUGUAUGGCAUGACUAAGAUAUUUUAUGAGAUGCGACUGUUACAUAGCUUGCUCGCCCGGGCUACCGGCGAAUAGCAUGCCAGUGUGGGAAACAUGGGGAUUGAGCAGUGCAUGUUUCUCCGCCCGACCCCGAUAGGACUUGGCGUGAUUUGACAACGACAAGUGUGCAGGAGUUGUGCCUCGAGUGACAACAUUCGUUGACUGGUUCGCUAUUAAGUGCACGACUGAUGCAGUCGAUGGUUUAGUCGAAACCAGAGUAGACACCAAAAGCGCGGGCUUGUCGCUUAGACUCUUCCACGUAGUUUUUCCCUCUUG